UUCCUCGACCAAAGGUAGUGCCAACUUAAAAAAUAAGACGACAGUGGAUAUAAAAGCCACAGCUAGGUCCUUUACAGAGCACCUUUCCUUGGCGACAGACAAUACACAUCCCACGGCCGGAGGUCGCCUAACCACGGCAACAUGAAGCUCUUCAGUGCUCUCGCACUACUAUCACUGGCCAUUCCGGCCUGCCUUGGUGCCGGAGUCAAGACAAUUGUCAGAGGAGGUGCCGCCCUACCCGGAACAGUAGCUGUAGCACCACUAAGUUCACUGCCCACCCCCCCUGCUGUCACCACCCAAGCGUGGUCAGUUCCGUCACCGGUCCGACCGUUAGUACAGUCGGCCCAAGCGUCACAGGCGGGCUCACCGGCACUGGCGUCGGAGGUGUGCCCGGAUCCCUCACUGGAUCUUUGGGCGGUCUCUCUGGCUCUUACCCUGGCUCCCUCGGUGGGCUCGGCGGCGGCUACUGGGGAAGCUACCCUGGCUACUUGGGUGGAUCACUGGGCGGCCUCUAUGGAUCGUACCCCGGUGGCUACGGUGGAUACCUCGGUGGCCUUUCCGGAUCCUACCCUGGCUACUACGGAGGAUCACUGGGCGGCCUUUAUGGAUCUUACCCCGGUGGCUUCGGUGGAUACCAUCGGUGGCCUUUCCGGAUCCUACCCUGGCUACUUCGGUCGAUCACUGGGCGGCCUUUAUGGAUCGUACCCCGGUGGCUUCGGUGGAUACCUCGGUGGCCUUUCCGGAUCCUACCCUGGCUACUUCGGAGGAUCACUGGGCGGCCUUUAUGGAUCGUACCCCGGUGGCUUCGGUGGUUACCUGGGUGGCCUUUCCGGAUACUACCCCGGAAGAUUUGGUGGAGCUCUGAGUGGCCUCUUCGGAUCCUAUCCCGGUAGCUUUGGUGGAGUCCUAGGUCGCCUUUCUGGAUCCUACCCAGGAAGCCUUAGCGGGCUUCUCGGUGGUGCCUACGGUUCCUAUCCUGGUAGCUUUGGUGGAUACCUCGGUGGCCUUUCCGGAUACUACCCCGGAAGGUUUGGUGGAGCUCUGAGUGGCCUCUUCGGAUCCUAUCCCGGUAGCUUUGGUGGAGUCCUAGGUCGCCUUUCUGGAUCCUAUCCAGGAAGCCUUAGCGGACUUCUGGGUGGUGUCUACGGUUCCUAUCCUGGUAGCUUUGGUGGAUACCUCGGUGGCCUUUCCGGAUACUACCCCGGAAGGUUUGGUGGAGCUCUGAGUGGCCUCUUCGGAUCCUAUCCCGGUAGCUUUGGUGGAGUCCUAGGUCGUCUUUCUGGAUCCUACCCAGGAAGCCUUAGCGGACUUCUGGGUGGCGUCUACGGAUCCUAUCCCGGUAGCUUGGGUGGAUACCUGGGUGGUCUUUCCGGAUACUACCCCGGAAGCAUUGGUGGAGCUCUGAGUGGCCUCUUGGGAUCCUAUCCCGGUGCCUUUGGUUCAGUCCUAGGUCGCCUAUCUGGAUCCUACCCAGGAAGCCUUAGCGGACUUCUGGGUGGUGUCUACGGUUCCUAUCCUGGUAGCUUUGGUGGAUACCUUGGUGGCCUUUCCGGAUACUACCCCGGAAGGUUUGGUGGAGCUCUGAGUGGCCUCUUCGGAUCCUAUCCCGGUAGCUUUGGUGGAAUCCUAGGUCGCCUUUCUGGAUCCUACCCAGGAAGCCUUAGCGGACUUCUGGGUGGCGUCUACGGAUCCUAUCCUGGUAGCUUUGGUGGAUACCUGGGUGGCCUUUCCGGAUACUACCCCGGAAGCUUUGGUGGAGCUCUAAGUGGCCUCCUCGGUUCCUAUCCCGGUAGCUUUGGUGGAGUCCUAGGUCGCCUUUCUGGAUUCUACCCAGGAAGCCUUAGUGGACUUCUGGGUGGUGUCUACGGAUCCUAUCCUGGUAGCUUUGGUGGAUACCUGGGUGGCCUUUCUGGAUACUACCCCGGAAGAUUUGGUGGAGCUCUGAGUGGCCUCUUCGGAUCCUAUCCUGGUAGCUUUGGUGGAUACUUGGGUGGCCUUUCCGGAUACUACCCCGGAAGAUUUGGUGGAGCUCUGAGUGGCCUCCUCGGAUCCUAUCCCGGUAGCUUUGGCGGAGUCCUAGGUCGCCUUUCUGGAUCCUACCCAGGAAGCCUUAGCGGACUUCUGGGUGGUGUCUACGGAUCAUAUCCUGGUAGCUUUGGUGGAUACCUGGGUGGCCUUUCCGGAUACUACCCCGGAAGACUUGGUGGAGCUCUGAGUGGUCUCUUCGGAUCCUAUCCCGGUAGCUUUGGUGGAGUCCUAGGUCGCCUUUCUGGAUUCUACCCAGGAAGCCUUAGCGGACUUCUGGGUGGUGUCUACGGAUCCUAUCCUGGUAGCUUCGGUGGAUACCUGGGUGGCCUUUCUGGAUACUACCCCGGAAGAUUUGGUGGAGCUCUUAGUGGCCUCUACGGAUCCUAUCCUGGUAGCUUUGGUGGAUACCUGGGUGGCCUUUCCGGAUACUACCCCGGAAGACUUGGUGGAGCUCUGAGUGGUCUCUUCGGAUCCUAUCCCGGUAGCUUUGGUGGAGUCCUAGGUCGCCUUUCUGGAUUCUACCCAGGAAGCCUUAGCGGACUUCUGGGUGGUGUCUACGGAUCCUAUCCUGGUAGCUUCGGUGGAUACCUGGGUGGCCUUUCUGGAUACUACCCCGGAAGAUUUGGUGGAGCUCUGAGUGGCCUCUACGGAUCCUAUCCUGGUAGUUUUGGCGGAUAUCUUGGUGGUCUUUCUGGAUACUACCCCAGAAGUUAUGGUGGAUCUCUGAGCAGUCUGUACGGUUCCUACCCCGGUAGCUACGGUGGGUACCUCGGUGGCCUUUACGGUUCCUACCCUGGAGGCUAUGGUGGAUUGGGUGGCCUGUUCGGAGGCUUCCCUGGUUACGGCGACCGCAGUCUUGGCAGCCUGUUCGGCAGAGGAGCUUACCCUGGUUUCUACGGAGCUACCACAUUGAACCUCAUCGGCAACCACAACUUUGGCCUUCUCGGACGAUACCCACCUCCACCUGGUCUUGGAGCCGUCGAGCGCCGGGGGCGAUUCCUACCUCAUCCCGUUGACAUCCGCACUACCACUGACCCCGUAACUGGCCACCCCAUGGUUCAGGCUGUCUACUUUGGAAACCUGCGUGAGCGCAUUGUGCCUGUACCAAUCCCAAUUGUACAGGAUGUCCCAUAUCCAGUACCAGUCCCCGUCCCACAGCCGUACCCAGUUCCACGCCCUGUCACUUUCCAAGUGCCCGUCCCAGUAGCACACCCAGUGCCAGUCCACACUAACACCGAAGUGCACAAGACCGACGUUGUGGCCGCCACUCCACAAGGCGCAGUUCUCCUCGACCGUCAAGUCACUGGCAUCCGACCAGGUGCCACCACCACCGUGUAAAGAACGCCCAAGGACAAAAUCAAGUCGCUUCAGUUCACUCCACGGAUCGGCCAUUAAAUGUGUAUUCGAAAUAAACGAAAUUUUAUCUGAAGAAAA